UGCUUUAUGAGAGACUGUCAGCCCAGUCAACGGCUCAUUCAUCACUUUUCGCCGCGCUCUAGUAGAUCUUUUAGCAACUUUAAGAAACCGACCAGUAUUACGCGCUAUCCCAAAAAUUCUUGUUAUUCCCCAAAGACAUUCUUAUCAUUUCCUAAAAGCGCCAACGCAAUAAGCAACAAGUGUUCCGGAAUCAACAUAAAAGACAGACCGGGACAGCCCAAAACAAAGCUUCACCAUUGAAAGCAGCUUUGUUUACAGUACCGUACCUUUCCGUACGAAUCUCGGCUCAAGAACGUGGCACAUUUCAGUGAGCAUCUGGUGGCGCAGCAAAGUAAACAAUCAACAGACAUCAGACACCGGACACUGGGCCGGAGAAACAAUUAAUAAACUUGUUUUCCGCUGCACUGCUGUGAUAGCACGCGAAUAAAUCCCAAGGCCGAUACCAGCCGGAGACGAGCACGGAGCUGCAAGAUGAUUCCCGGCUAUGGACCAGUAACACAGGCCCUAUUGGGCACCCUGCUCACUUGGGGCCUGACGGCCGCUGGCGCCGCCCUGGUGAUCUUCGUCCGUGGCAACCAGCGGAGGUCACUGGACGCCGCCUUGGGAUUUGCAGCGGGCGUGAUGAUUGCGGCCUCGUUCUGGUCGCUUCUCAAGCCAGCUAUUGAAAUGGCUGAGGGCUCGCACUUGUACGGCGUCUACGCCUUCCUGCCUGUGGCUGGCGGCUUCCUCCUGGGAUCCAUUUUCGUCUAUGGCUGCGACAAACUAAUGUCAUACCUGGGUCUCAACAGCACAAACAUGAUGAUUCAGAUGACGCAGACCAGCAAGGACAAGGCGGAGAUUGCUAUCGAUGACUUAAAGAAGAAUGGAGCCAGCGACAGGUUGGCCUCGAAGAGCCUGGACAGCUUCUCCGACUGCCUGAGCGUGCAGCACAGUGGCGAGUCGCGCCGCAGGAAGAAGGGAAGCAUCAACGAGGUGGAGCAAUGUACCUAUACCACCGUUGAGGAGCAGCGGGCCGCCCAGGAAGCCCUGUCGCAGUGGAAGCGCAUCAUGCUUCUGGUGGUGGCUAUCACAGUGCACAACAUUCCCGAAGGAUUGGCUGUGGGUGUUAGCUUUGGAGCUAUUGGAACCACAAACUCUUCCACGUUCGAGAGCGCCCGCAACCUGGCCAUUGGCAUUGGCAUCCAAAAUUUCCCAGAGGGUUUAGCCGUCAGCUUGCCACUUCACGCCGCUGGCUUCAGUGUGAUGAGAGCUCUAUGGUAUGGACAACUGUCUGGAAUGGUGGAACCUAUUUUUGGUGUACUUGGAGCAGUGGCUGUAACCUUUGCCAACCUGAUCUUGCCUUAUGCCUUGUCGUUUGCGGCCGGAGCCAUGAUCUACAUUGUGUCGGACGACAUUCUGCCGGAGGCACAUGCCAGCGGCAAUGGAACCAUCGCCACAUGGGGCACGGUCUCUGGAUUCCUGAUAAUGAUGUGCCUGGAGGUGGCGCUGUCGUGAGGCUUCAGCUGUGUCCAAUGCAACAGCCACCAUUCGAAACACUAGUGCAAAGCAAGGAUUCCACUGUACUUAACGCUUGUAAAUAGAAGCAGGCAUUGUACAAAUCUCAGAACUAGAAGCCUCUUCGAGAAUCUAAUAAUUUAACGUAGAUUGUAAGCUCUUUUAGAAAGAAUACUGAUGUGGUGGCAUCUGUGCAAUUGUUAUGUAUCUGUGGACUUGGCUAGCGAGUUAUGUAAAUGACGAGCAGAACGAUUUGUGUUCUGGAGACCAUUGUAAACAAACGUGCAUGUGAAUUAGGUUUUAAGUUGUCACCAGAGUCCAGGGCGUCUUUUUAAACUGUCUAAUGUUUAAGCAAUAAACGAAGCGCAUUCAAAUGAGCAUCUAACUAGUA